UUGGGGGGAGAAGUCUUUGGGGCCGCCACAAAUCACGCUCCGUGGCUGUUGGAUGACCAGAUGGUCCCCAGCUCCUAACUUGGGACCGAGGAGAGGGGAGGAGUUUGCCCUCCGGAAUCCCUUCUGCUCAAUCCGGCGGGGUUGAGCUUCCUAUAGGGACGGAGCCAGAGCAAAGAGACAACAGAUCCCCGGGUGGGGAAAGAAACCCCUCGAUUCCCGAACUUAUUUUGCAUCCAAACUGGCGCGCGCCCUCCAGGACGCAGUGAGUGGAUCUGGGCUGGAUCAGUACUUUAGAUGCGGAUGCCAGUGAAUUUCAAAGAGGUUGCGGUGCAUUCUCCCAGCGAUGAAGGGCCUCUGCUGGAUCCAGAUCAAAGAAUCCUGCACAACAGCAUCAUGCCGGAGAACGAUCGAAAUUUGGCCUUUCUGGGUGAUGGGCAGGCAGAUGUGAACAAAGAGGAUAUGCAGAUGCAAAGUUCUGAGCAAGACAAACCAACGGGGCCAUCACCGGGAGUAGCAGGAGAAGCAGUUUCCCAGUGCCUUGAGAGAAGAGAGACUGUGCUAAAUCAUUGCAGGGCUGAGAGGCAGCUGGUCCACCACCUACCAAGGAGAACGGCUAGUGCCAUUCCUGGUGGGGGUGGCCCCCAGGAUCUUCGCAAAGGCCCAGCACGAAAGCGAAAACGCAGAUCUCAGGGCCCAAGGACGUGCAAUGAGUGUGGGAAGACCUUCGCUCAGGCCUCGAACCUUCUGGCACAUAAAAGAAUCCACACAGGCGAGAAGCCAUAUAAAUGUGUGCACUGUGGGAAAAGCUUCACCGAACGGUCCAAUCGUAACAGGCACCAGAGGACCCAUUCCGGAGAGAAACCGUAUCAGUGUGUCGACUGUGGGAAAAGUUUUAGCUUCCGAUCGGACCUUAUUAGACACGGGAUUACCCAUACAGGAGAGAGACCAUAUAAAUGUUCGGACUGUGGGAAAAGCUUCAGUCACGCCUCCACUCUGAUUAGACAUGAGAAUAUCCAUACAGGAGAAAAGCCCUAUUCCUGUACAGACUGUGGGAAAAGCUUCACGCAGAGCUCAUCCCUUCUAGCACAUAAGAGACUCCACACGGGAGAGACGCCUUUCCUGUGUCCCGUUUGCGGGGAGAGCUUUAACUGGAAGUCGCACCUUGUCACACAUAAGAGAACCCACACAGGGGAGAGACCAUACAAGUGUGCAAAGUGUGGGAAGAGCUUCAUCGAGAAGUCGAAACUGAAUAGACACCAGAGAACCCAUCUGGAAAAAGAACUUUACGAAUGCGCAGAGUGUGGGAGAAUUUUUAGCAUCCGCUCCAACCUCCUUCGGCACGAGACCGCCCACAGAGGAGAGAAGUCGUUUACGUGCUUCAGCUGCGGGAAAAGCUUCAACCAGUCGUCAAAGCUGAUGAGGCACGAGAGGAUCCACACGGGAGAGAAACCCUACUCCUGCGCCGACUGCGGGAAAAGUUUCAGCCAGACCUCUGAGCUCCUCCGACACGAGAGAAUCCACACGGGAGAGAAGCCAUAUAAAUGCGCCAUCUGUGGGAAGUGCUUCAACCGGAGGUCACAUCUGAACACCCAUGGGGCGACCCACGUCGGAGGCCAACCUUACAAAUGGCCAGACAGCGGAGCGAGCUACGAAAACGGUUCCCUCCUUGUGGCAAACGUGAAUCCGCCCGAGCAGUUCUAUGUGGGGAACCAACCCUAUAAAUGCUUAGAGGGUGAGAAGGACUACAGUUGUGGCUCCCUCCUUGUCGCAGGCAUGAAUUCGCACGGAGAAGCGCAUAUAGGAGGCCAGCUGUACGAAUGGCCAAACACGGAGACCAGCUACAGUCACUGCUCCCUUCUCAUUACUAGCGUCAAUCCACAAGAAGGAAUCCAUGCGCAGGAACAAACAUACAGGUGCGCUGACAAUGACAUGAACUGCAGCCACGAUGGCCCGUUUUAUCUAACCAGCACAAAUGUCCAUGAGGGGAUCGUUGCGGGAGGUCAAGCAUAUAAAUGUCGGAGUGGCAACGAAGAAAGCCACAAGGGUCCCUCGCUCCUUACAAUGGACGCGGGCAACCGGAGAGAAGAGAAGGUGUUUAAGUGUUCUGAGUGCGGGAAGUGCUUUAACUGGAAGUCGCACUUUGUUAGGCACAAGAGAAUCCAUACGGGAGAAAAGCCGUACUGCUGUCCAGACUGUGGGAAAAGCUUCAAUCGGAGGUCGCACCUUGUCAGGCAUGGAAGGACUCACGCAGGACUGAGGCCGUUUGCUCAGGCUGAGGGGGAAACUUUGGUUCAGAAUCUGGCCAUCUCGAACCCAAGUGAAUCUGUGCCUGAGGGAAAUGGUAUAAACACACAGCCUUCUCACGCUGCAUUACAGACCGGCGAAGUCAUGCGGGAGACAAACCUUAUGAAUAUUCUGUGACAUACCUUAUUGCACAUUAAAGAACCCAGGCAGGGAGGAAACCUAUGGCGGGGGAACUUCCCGUUGUGCAUCAUUUCUUGCUAGACACAGGAUACACGCACAGGGGAAACAAUGGCUUAGUUUACACCAGGGGUGGAAGAGAUGGUUAAGGUGCUCCUAGACUGCUAGUACUUAAGUUGCCCAUGAGAGGACCAUAUGAUUGUUUGAGCAUCUGGCUGUGUGAUUGACUCCAGCACAUGCACACCCUAUGUAAAUGCGGCACUAUACUGCACAAGCAUGUCUGAUCUUUGCAUAUA